AUGAGCGCCGCCACCCCCACCCAAGACGGACGACGACAGCCCGUCACCUCCCUCCUCACCAUCGGUCUCGACCUCGACUGGGCCGCCGCACACCUCGGGCACAAGCUCGACAUGCCCACCGUCCGCGCCGCCGUCGCCAAAGGGCUGCAAGAAUUCGACGCCGUGCCCGACCUCUUCCACGAAACCUACUUCUUCGUCCCGGACGACGACGACGAGGUCGACAACAACAACCAGGAAAACGACGACGACCGAAUCAGAGACGAAGGCCGAGGUGUCUGGGCCGAGAGCGAGAGGAAGAUCCGCGGCGGCGGCCACCAAGGCAGGCCGUGGGACGGCGUCUGCAUCGGCUGGGGCCUGCGCGGGCAGCCGGACAUGACGGUCGUGUUCGAGCGCAUGGUCAAUCUGGUGAGGGAGGCGUCGCCCGGCUCGCGGCUGGUGUUUGCGGGGCCGGCGGCGGAUCAUUUCGGGACGGCGAAGAGGAAUUGGCCGAAUUUGAGGAAGGUGGAUCAGUGA